CUUCACAAAAGCUAUGACUAAAGAAGAUUGUAUCUUUCAAGGAACCACGAGCGAGAGCUUUGAUAGUUUAAAGGGCUUGGGGAAGAGAGGGACUGUAACUGAUUCCAGAGAUGUCGAAUUCGACUUGACACUCUUUCCGAUUCGAAAAAUCUUUACGCUCAUAUUUAUUCACGACAAGGCGCACCAUCAGCUUUUGCUCGGUCGGAAGCUACGUGGCGCGCUUUUAGGACAAUGGAACGGGUUUGGCGGCAAAGUUGACCAGAAUCUAAAAGAGUCCAUUUCAGAAUCUGCGCUCCGGGAACUUAAGGAAGAGGCGUUUAUGAUUGCGCCCCUGUUCCCUAUUGGUUUCAUUCAAUGGGUUGUAUCUCCAGCAUCACCAUCAACUUUUUCUGAUUCAUUAUAUGAAGCCCAUCACAACCAGCAUCGAAGGAUGCUGACAUAUCGCGAUGUAAUGGUCAUUUAUAAAGCACACUCAUUCGAGUUAUUGUCCUCCAAUCUUUCUCCAUCAUCUAUGACAACAAUUUCUUCUUCAACAACACCACCCAAUAAUGGUGGUAAUAGUAAUACAUGUAAUAACACUGAGAGGAUCACAGAAUUUGAAGCAAGUGACGAGAUGGCUCCAGCUUGGUGGGAUAUCGAUGCAUUGCCAUGGGAGUCAAUGCGUAUCAACCAUCGUGUUUGGUAUCCAUUCAUGCUAGCAGAUCGGCCUUUUCGAGGUGUGUAUUGGUAUCAGGUAAAACUAUCAGCUCUUGAGGGAGGCAUACAGGAGGAAAAGAAGGCAACGAGCGCACAUCGGGAAACUGCACAAGAGAUUUGGAUUGAGGAUCUGACAAAGCGAAGUGUUCAAUUUGGGACCGCACCAGUAUCUCGAGGGACAGCUCAUGCUUAUGGUUUUACGGAUGAGGAUCAAGGAAAAGAAGCAAAGUCACAUAAAGAAAAGGUUUUAGAGGAUUAUGCAAAGGCUGUGGAUGUUUUUGGAGUAUGCUAUAACUCGACGUCGACGAAAUUAAUGUCAAAGGAACAAGAGCUUAUACCAUCCGAGGCAUUUAAGGAACCGACAGCAAAUCCAAUGAUUGAUGAAAAUUGGCUACGAGUCGCGAUAACAAAGGCAGAAUAUGAAUGGAACAGCCAGACAUAGAGCCGUUGUAAAUAAAU